CUAGUCGGAACUCGGAAGACCCAAAAAAAGAAUUAUGGAAUCCCUCAGAGCUACUUACAGGGACGACGAUGACGAUGAAGACGAUUGGAGCAACAAUGAACUCAUCAAUAAAGCCCAACCCAUCACCACUACUGCCACCGCUGAGGUUUCUGUUAAGAACCCAGAAAUCCACUUGAAGGACGAACAAGAAGCCUCCGAGGAGCUCUCCGAAGACGAACUCUCCGACGAUGACAACGACGAAGAAGCCCCAAAAAGCUUACAGCAAGAAGAGCAACAAUCACCGAAACCCAACUCAGUCUCUGACGAAGAUGAAAAUCACCCUAAGAAGAAGAAGAAGAAGCCCCUCUCUUCCUUCACUUCCCAAACCCCCGAAACAAUGCCGCCAGAAGAAGCGGCACCGGAAACAAUCACCCCAACACCACUAACAACCGUAGCGACGACGACGGCUACAAAAAAACCCAAGAAGAAAAACAACGUUUGGACGAAAUCAUCACGCAAGUACAAGAAGAAGAGCAAAUCCAAUGGCCACCAUGUUACCCCAGUGAACAAUGUCUUUAUAGCUCCACUGGCUCGGUUCCCUGACAAGACCGACGAUACACCCGACAUGAAAAUAUGCCUUUCUAAGGUCUACAAGGCUGAGAAAGUUGAGUUGAGCGAUGACCGUAUGUCUGCGGGUAGCUCCAAAGGGUACCGAAUGGUUAGGGCGACGAGAGGGGUAGUUGAAGGUGCUUGGUAUUUUGAAAUUAAGGUAUCGAAGCUUGGGGAGACUGGUCAUACAAGGCUUGGGUGGUCGACAGAGAAGGGGGAUUUGCAAGCGCCUGUGGGGUACGAUGGGAACAGUUUUGGGUAUAGAGAUAUAGAUGGGACUAAGAUUCAUAAGGCUCUGAGAGAGAAGUAUGGAGAAGAAGGUUAUGUGGAAGGUGAUGUUAUCGGUUGCUAUAUUAAUUUGCCUGAUGGAGCUCUGUAUGCUCCCAAACCACCACAUUUUGUUUUUUACAAGGGGCAGAAGUAUGCAUGUGCUCCUGAUGGAAAGGAGGAUCCACCCAAAGUAGUACCAGGAAGUGAAAUAUCGUUCUUGAAGAAUGGUGUAUUCCAAGGUGUUGCUUUCAAGGAUCUAUAUGGGGGCUGCUACUACCCUGCCGCUUCCAUGUACACACUCCCCAACCAGCCCAACUGUGUGGUCAGGUUCAAUUUUGGCCCUGAGUUUGAAUGCUUUCCCCAGGAUUUUGAAGGCCGUCCAAUACCCAAACCCAUGAUUGAAGUUCCCUAUCAUGGGUUUGACAGCACUGUUGACAAUGAUGCAUCUGGGGAGAAGCAAAGUUAGCCGAGCCAUUGUGCCUUUGUUUUUCACAAGUGUCACAGUUGUGGGAAUGGAUGAGUAACUGGCGCUGUAUAUUUCUAAUAAUUGUUUCUUUAUGACUGAUGAACAGAGAACUGUAAAUGGUGAAAAUUUCUUCUGAAGAAAGAGUGAUCUGAUUGUACUAUGAUACA